AUAUCAGCCCCCGUCUCUUCCCACAUGAGCUACCAGAGGCAUGGAGCUACGGGGACAGCUCUCCAGCUGCUUGUUCUGUGCCAUACUCCUAGCAGCGAUUCCCUUUUCAGAGAAUUUCGAAGUCAUCUCGUCCCCAACUGUCACUGGGAUCGUCGGCCAGGAUGUGGUCUUACCCUGCCACAUCUCCACUGGGACGCAGCCGGCCAAUAUGGAAGUGCAGUGGAAGAAAAUCAUCCAGGCAGCUAUUGAGACUGUCCAUGAAUACAGAGCCAACCCAGGCCAGGAUGUGCCAGGGCAGAAAUACCAGGGCCGGACCGCACUGUUGAAGGAUGGAUUCACCUCUGGGAAUGUGUCUUUAAAGCUGAAGAACGUCCAACCAGCCGAUGAGGGAACGUACAGCUGCAUUGUGAAGUCUAACGAGUGGAGCGCUGAUGCUGCAACCGAGCUUAAAAUUGCAGCUGUUGCCUCUGUGUCCAUUGAUGUGCUGGGUCCCCAGGGCCAGGGGAUUGACCUAGCCUGCAGGUCAGCAGGGUGGUUCCCCAAACCUGAACUCCGCUGGGUUACAAAGAAUGGGCAGGAUCUGCAGCCUGUGACCAAAACAGAGCAGGGUCGUGAACUUCUGUUCAGUGUUCUGAGCCACGUCACAAUCCUGGGAGAGGAAACUGGAGAAAUCAGCUGCGUUAUCCAGAACAGCCUGCUUAAAACAGAACAGAAAUCUGUUGUUCUCCUCUCAGGUGAUAUUUUCCCUCGUGGUUCUCCAUGGCUUGCUGCAUUCUGGGUGUUAUUUACUUUAGACCUUCUUGUGAUUGGUGCCUGUGCAUUUUGGGUUUAUAAAGCAAAGCAGAAGGAUUCUAAGGAAAAAAGAUCAAAAGAAGAGACUUUCUUAGAAAAGGAAACUGAGAGGAAGGCAUUGGAAUCAGAGUGUCAGGAUGUGCGGGAACGACUUGACAGAGCAGUCACAGAACUAGAUUUCAGGAGGGCUCGGAGCUACAUGGUUCCCGUCACCCUGGAUCCAAGUUACAAACACUCUGAAUGCACCGUGUGUGAAGAUGGCAGAACAGUCCAACACAACCCCCCUUCCCCAGGGCCAACUUCCCCCUCCGGUGCCCUGAUAGCUGUGGGAAGGGAGGGAUUUUUGGCCAGGAAGGAUCAUGGUGGGGAGGGUAUGGUUUGCAGGAGGUACUGGGAGGUGGAAGUAGGGAACAGCCCGGACUGGGAGCUGGGGGUGCUGAGUGAGACUGUGAGGGACAAAGUAAGGCAGGGGAGUCUGGAAAGACCCCCUGAGGAGGGGUUCUGGGCUCUGGGGAAAUCCAAGGGGCAGUAUCACCCACAGCAGGCUGACACUGUGAUACAGAACUGGGAUGAGAAGCCGACAGUGGUUGGGGUGUAUCUGGAUCCAGAAUGGGGGAGUCUCUCCUUUUAUAGUGUCCGUGCAAUGGGCCUUAUUCUGGAGAUUCCUGUGGAAGGUUCUGAUAAAGUAUACCCGUUCCUCAGCCUUGGUUACACUGCAGGGGGGUACCAAGAGAAAUCCCUCAGCAUCUGCCCUCCCAGCGACUGGGAUUUCCCUCAGAAAUUACUAGUCAGUCGGUCUGUUAAUCAGGGAACUCCCAAAACCCAAGGACAGCCUCCUGCCCACAACAAUGGGGAAGAGGCAGGAAACAACACAGGGCCAUCUGCAACAGGAGAAACAUCCCCAGCUCCUGGACAGCACCCUGCUUUUGUAGACCAGAAUGUGAAAGGAAACAGCGCUUGGUCAUCUAUGGUCAAAAAUUUCCAAAAGUCCUUCCCCUACCCAAAAAGGAGAAAGGGGGAUAAAACAGAAGAAGAAGGGGGGGAAGAAACACCAGAUCUCGAGAUCUCAAAAGCCCACCUGCAAAAACCCCACCUGCCAAAAGCCCUCUCACAGAGUAAAAGGAAUCAGAAACAGAAAAACACUCAGAACAUGAAUCCAGAGGAAAUCUCUGAAGCUGACACUCUUGCUCUGCAGAUUUCAGAGUCAGGAACUAUGACAGGGGAAUCAGAUCCAAAUGCUGACACCUUGAAAAUAACCUUGCUUCAAAGAGAGUCUGGAAAUGGUGACACUUCAGAUGUUUCCUCCCCCUUGAAUUCAAAGGAAAACUGCAGUGAUUAGUGAUAAUGCAUUUAAAACUCACACUAAUUAAAUAAGAAGGUGUUACUGUUAAGGUUAGGAAUUUAAAUACACUAAAGUCAGGAAAUGCAGAAGGGAAGGUUCUUACAGUCACAUCUGAUCAGCUGGUGCUACCCUUAUUUGGUGUGGUACUCAGUGUGAGUGGAUGAUAGACUGAAGCCCCUCACUUUGCAGGACCAGAGUCUGAUAUCCCUACUCAUGUGGAAUAGCACCUUAUUCCAACAUCAGUCCUAUUGACCUCAGCAUGACCACUCAUGGGAUAAGGUAUCAUGCAGUAUGAAUACAGAAACAAGAUUCAGGCCAGUCAUAAACACUGUGUGUGGAUGAGUUAAUGUUACUAGGAGAACUCUACCUUUUGCACUUCCUUACUUAUGUCCAUUUACAUACCAGUAAAUAGGAUCAACAUUUUUCAGAAAGGGAGAGAAGUUGCAUGGACCACUGCUUCACAUGCUGUUGGGGUGUCAAUGCACAUUUGCUUACUUUGACACCUAAAUAGAUAAAUAUGGAUGCAAAUGGCUAAUUUACACUUGCAACUGUGGUAACUGCACGUGUGACUGCUAGUGCACAAAUGCAUAUUUUACAGGAAAAGUGAGCCUCUACCUUUGGGAAAUUUGCCCAAAAUGUUACACUUGGAUUGUGUGUAUAAUCUUCCUGUUUAUCACACAUAAAACAAAAAGAAAGAAAAUGCCAGUGCUAUGUUGCAUUCAGCUAUGAAACUGUAAAGCCUUUGGCUUUCUGUGUACUGGGGGUAAAAAUUUCAAAAGUGCCUAGGUGAGUUAGGAUCCUAAGUCCCUUUUCAGAAGUGACUUAGGCACUUGGGCUCAGAUCUUCAAAGCUAUUUAGGCACUUAGCUCCCAUUGAAAUCAAGUGUAGCCAGAUCCUUAGGCUCCCAAAAGUCUAUUACUUUUGAAAAGGGGACUUACUCUACUAAAUCAUUUAGGGUCAGAUUUUUAAAGGUAUUUAGGUGCCUACCUCCCAUUUCAAUAAACACCAAUAAAAAUCUGACCCUUUUGAAAUGUUUUCACUAUACCUUUAAUGUUUAAGAACAUGCCUUGCAUACUGAGUUGAGUAGCUGUUUUGUAGAGGGUCCUGGCAGCUAAUACCCAAGGAGACCUCUGCACGCUUGCACACACACAUACACACACACAGUGCUCUCAAAGAUACAUUACUUUUGUUUUCUCUUCUUGUUGUUUUCUUUAAUCAAAAACACCCUGGAGGUGUUUGUGGGGUUUUUUUUGUGUGUGUGUGGAAACAUACAAAUUCAGGCAAUGAGGAUGGGAAUGUAAAGCACAAGGAAGAGCUCAGAGAAAGUGAGGAAGCCAUAGAAAAAAUAUCCUAAAUAGAAACAAAAGAGAAAAAGAACAUAAUGGAAAUAUAGAGCCUGCAGGUUAACGAAGUAAAGGCAAUAUCUGAAAUAUAUGUUCAUAGGCUUGGUCAGUAUUUUCACGUAAAUAUUAUCAAUAUGUUCCAAAAACAAACUUCUAGCUAGAAAAGGAAAUAAAUGGGAUAGAAAUAAAUAAAUAAUCUAAAGCAAAGAUAAAGAAAAAAAACUUGGGGGGUGGGGAAAGAGUCUGUUGCCUUUAUUGUAUUGUGGUAUUGUAAUCAAAAGAGUAAGGUUUAAUUUGAUGGUUUUAUCGUUUCUACAUUAAAUAUGAAGAA